CUCCUGGCAGCGGUAGCGCGUGGAACAUUUAGUUACUCGCUCCGCUAGCGUUCACACCGACCACCAGACACUGCGGGGUUGGUUGGCUGGCGACCUUCAACACCCUACCAGCCUUCCUUGGGAGGUUAAUCCUUCAAACACUCUCCCCCCCACCUACCUGGAUGCUGCUUCUUACUGUAUGACUUACUAUGCUAGCUGCUUCUGAGCAAAACACUGAGAGGAUAAACAAGGAACUUGUAAUCAUAUCACAGCGGCAUGCAGCGUGGCUUUUGAAGCCAGCUGUGUGAUAAACCAGCUGAGUUUGUGUUCUUAACCAGUUGUCAAGGGUGCUGGGGACUCGACAAGUCAGGUAAUCUGUCCUGACUUCGCUAACCCGUCAAAGGCUUGUGACAGCGAAGCGACAGUUGACAGUAAUUAUGUCAUCAAACUUGUUUUGUGUGAACUGAGGUGCUAAGAGAAACCGAAAAGUUAAGAGUCCACCGUCACAAGAGAAGCCAGCUGAAAAAAAAGAGCAACACUCGAGUCAUGAAUAUUUAAAAUACCUAAGCUAAAAAAAAAAAUUCGUAAAUAUCAGUUUCAUCACAGACGUAAGAUCGCGGUGAGCUCUGAGUUGCGUCAGACGUUAGUGACCUCGUGAACUGUCUGGCUUCAGUGACCUCUUGAAGAGCUUUGAAGUUAGUGAUCUCUCUUGAUACCCGUCCGGCGGUAGGGGACACACUGGUCUGCGCAUGGUGUUAGUGACCUCGAGCUGUGUCUACGUUCGUGAAUCUGUUACUGACCGCCUUCAGUUGUGUCUGACGUUCGUGAUCUCUCUAACUGACCGCCUUCAGCUGCGUCUGACACUAGUUGAGUAGUGUCUCAAAACCACCUGUGAUCAGAGGAAUCCACAUUUACUCUUAAUUCCUUUACGGCAUCGCUUGAGAUAUUCUUGUUGCCCAUACAAACGCCCACACCCUUACGCCCACACCCCACACCUAGUCCCACACCACACCAAUUACCACGCACUCACACGCCCACACCCAAGCCCUCUUGCCCUCAUCCACCAAUUCAUUUCCAUCCAUCAUUUUAUUCCAUCUCCUGUCUCCCUCAACAUCCAUAAAUACGCCUCAUAGGAGAGACGAUCAAAGAAUUUUUCUUGGCGUACAUUAUGCUAGGUAAUAAGAAGAGGGGCUGACUGAUCUGGACUCAGCCCCACUGUAAGUGAAGGUAAUCAGCAGAAAAAAAACCACAAAGAGGUGCUCGGUAAAUACAGCUGCGCGUCGAAGACGCAUUUGUGAUCACGAAUACGUGAAACUAAUCGUGACGACGUGAAACUGAUCGCGAUUACGCGUUCAUCGUCGCGAGUACGCCUUACUGAUCGCGAUUACACGCUGCUAAUCACGAGCUAGUGUUGCGAAUCACGUGUACGUUUAACUGACCGCGAAUACUCGUUUCAGAUCGCGCGCACACGUUACCGAUCGCCAUCAGACGUGAAUACCCGCGAGUACACGUCGCUGCCCGCAAGCACCUUAUUAUUGACCGCAACGCGACCCUAAAAACUUCAAGAAUGAAGAUUUCACCGUUGAAAUCUUGCGGCUGGUGCAAGAUGGCGUCCCUCGCUCUCUGCCUGUGGGCGCACGUGGCUCUAGCAGGAGGGACAAUGUCGGAGGAACCUAGGUUCGUGGAGCCCAUCCAGAACGUCACCAUCGCCGCUGGGAGGGACGUGAAGCUCUCCUGUGUGGUCGACAACCUCGGUACUUACAAGGUUGCGUGGAUAGCGUUCGACAAGUCAGCCAUCCUGACGGUCCAGGACCACGUCAUCACCCGCAACCCCCGUGUCAACGUCACCCACGACGGUCACCGCACGUGGACGCUGCACCUGUCCCGCGUCAACGCCACGGACGCCGGCACGUACAUGUGUCAAGUCAACACCAUCGUCGCCAAAAGUCAGUUUGGCGUCCUUAAUGUAGUUGGUAAGUACCCACAUUGAAAGUAUUUCCUUUUAGUGAAGAGUUCCGCAUCCAGACAAACGGAGCUAUAUCCCCCCUUCCUCGGAUUAACCACCUCCCAUUCCCCCUUCCCCUAGGCGCUGUAUGAUCCCUACGAGCUUAGCGCUUC